CGGUGGGCUCGAGGCUCUGGCACGGAGAGCACUGACUGAACCUCUCGGACUAUCCCCGCAGACUCUCCUGGAGGCUGGAGCUUUACCCGGGCGUUACAGGGUGUCAGAGUUCCGCAGGGAAAGACAGAAGGAGAACCCGGUACCGCGACCUCGCUUAUUCAGAUCCGAUCUUCUCCCUUGCGGACAUGAGGCCUUCCCGAGGUCCUCGCGUCUGAGCCCAGCGGGGCGGCGGGUGGGGGGGGGGGCGGUAGCAGCAGCUCCGGGACAUGGCGGACCGGGAGGGUCCGGUCGUGGCCCCCGGCCCGGUGCAGGUGGAGGUGGACUACGACUACGAGUACAAAGCCAAGGACAAGACGGUGAAGAUCCGGCAGGGCGAGAGCUACCUGCUGGUGAGGAAGACCAACGAGGACUGGUGGCAGGUGAGGCGGGAGGAGGGCGCCCGGGCCUUCUACGUGCCGGCGCAGUACGUCCGGGAGGUGCGCCGGGCGCUGCUGCCCCCCCAGAAGCCCCCCCCCAGGGCCAAGCCCGCCGGCCUGGACGUCCGGCGUGCCUCUGACGACGACAACCUGAACCGGCCGCCGCAGCCCGAGAUGUCGAGCUUCGGCCGCCCCUCGCCCUCCUCCACGCCCUCGCCCUCCUCGGACCGCGUGACCCCGCCCGCCCUGGCCAAGGACGCCAACCACAACUUGGGCAGCCCCCACCACUGCAAGAUGGUGGCGGAGCUGGUGCUGCUGCACAACAACAACAACCACCACCUCCACCACCACCACCACCACCACCUCCUCCACCUGGGCAACGCCUCCAGCUCCACGCUGCCGCGCACGCGGGCCGACUCGCCGCCGCCGCCGCUCCGGGCCCCGGCGGGGGGGGGGCACCUGAGGGCCUCCAACGGCGACCGGAUCCCCCUGUCGGACGAGGGGUCCGGGGACAAGACCCGGGUGGACUCGGAGUCCGGGGACGAGCUGAGCAGCAGCUCCACCGAGCUCAUGCAGGUCAGUUCCAUAUUUACCCAGGGGCCCCGGCACCGUGGCCGCUUGGGGCCCCACACUGGGCCCCCAAGCGGGGAACUGUGUCUUGCUCUUGGUGACGGGAACAUCUUGGAGCCCAAGAUC